AUGUCGGACGAACUCUUUGACGAAGUUGAAUUUAUAAAUAAACAAUUCAAUUUUAAAAACCCAAAUAUAAACAAAAAAUUAGACAAAGAUGACCAAAAUAAAGUUAUCCAACUAUUAACAAUUUGUAAAAAAAAAAUUGAACUAAAUAAAGAAUAUAAUGAAAACUAUCUAAAUAACUAUAUCAAAUCAUUAAAGAUCGCGAUAUUCUAUAUGCCAUUUAAUCCUAUAAUUAAAGAAAGGAUAACGGAAAAUGAAGCAUAUGAACAAUUAUUUUUAGGAAGAAACUUUAUCAAUAAUGCCUCAAAUUUGUUAAAAGAAAAAAACUAUAAUAUUAAUAAUUUAAAUGGAAAUGACAUCCAAAUAUGUGGGCAAAGCAAAUGGAACAAUAAUGUUCCAUUAUAUGAUCAGAUUAAUAAAUAUGAAUUAAUAUUUUUAAUUAAUUUAAUAACCCAUAAUGAAAAUAAUAAUAAAGUAUGGAAAUAUUCGUAUCCUUGGUAUUUUUAUUAUAUUAUUUUAAAUGAGCUUGAACAGGAUAACAUAUUUAUGUUACUAAAUAAUUUUAUACUAAACAAAAUAACAUAUGACGAAUUAACAAAAGACGACAAUAUUGCAUUUGUUCUUUUUAUUUCCUUAUUUAAUAAUUUAAAAAACAUAAAAAAUGAAGCAACUAUUUGUAAUUAUUUUUAUUUCUUUAUUGAAAAUUGCUUAAAAUAUGAAAAUAAAUUGUUUAUACACAUUUUACAACAUAUGAAAUUACUAUACACACAUUUUGAAUGCUUAACAAAAAAAAUGAAAGAAAACGUUAAAGAUAUUUAUAAUGAAAAUAUUACAAUAUCAGAAAAGUGGAAAAUAUUUAAUAAUGUAAAUAAUAAAAAAUAUGUUUUGAAAUAUAUAAUAUUUAUGUAUAGACUACUUUUUGAAGCAUUAUAUAAUAUUAUGGAUCAAAAAAAUUUUGAAAUAGAACCAGUUUCUCAAUACAAAGAAUUAUAUAAAAUUAUAAUUGAAGAAAUUCAAUAUAAUUUAAUAUUUAUCAAUGAGAUAAAUUAUUUCCAUAAUUUUAUAGAUACACACAUUGAUUUAUAUAACAAAUACGUUCUGUUUAUGGACAUGUUUUUGCAUUAUAAAAAAAAUAAUAAUUUGGAAAUAUUUAAACUAAUUUUAUUUAUUUCCAACAUUUUUAUUGAUUCUUAUGAACAGUUAGAUUAUUUGUCAUCUUCAGAAAAAAAAAAUUAUAUCGACACAAUUUUUACAUACUUGAAAAAUAUACACAAUAUGAGAAAUGAGCAUAUAUCAAAAAAAGAAAAUAUUCUAUAUCAUAAUUUUGUACUUAAUAGAUAUAUUAUUAGUAUUGUAGCAAAUUUUUCUGUGGAUUAUCAAAUUUCUGCUUACAUUAAAGAGAUACAAGGAAUUAACAUUUUGAGAAAGUUCAUGUAUGUUGAUGAUAAGGAUCCCUGUUUAGCAGAAUAUUCUAUUUUGGCUAUUAAACAUAUAAAGGAAAAUGAAAAUUUGGAUGGCCUUUAA